AUGGCUCAAAGUACACAAAUAACGAUUGAUUCAUCCGAAAAUGACUAUUUGAAUCCGAUUGAUGAAAAACCAAUUCAUGAAAAUCCUAUAUAUUCAUCGACAACAGUAUUAAAAGAAACUUCAUCAAAAACAGCUAUUAUUUUUUUCAUUUCCGGAUUAAUUAUUUAUGGUCUUUUCAUUAUGAUACCAAUUCCUCAAUUAUAUAUUGGUCAACGAUAUGCAAAGGAAUGUCCAGUUAAUUAUCAUAUUCCACAUUAUUUACUCAUUGCUGGUCUUCUUGGUCUUAUUGCUGGUAUAAUAGGUUUGGCUGAUGUUAUCCUAGCAAACAGACUUUCUGCAUUUGAUAACAAAGAAACACAUCCAAUAUCUUAUAUUGUUGGUCUUUGUUGUCUCCCAUGUAUUAGUCGUAUACUCAAUUUGUUUCUCGUCAUUUGGUUUAUUUUUGGUUGUUAUUGGGUUUAUCGUGUAAAGAAUAUUGUUCAAUAUACUAACAAAGAUGAUAAAAAUUAUUGUCAUCCAAUUCUAUAUAAAUUUACUUGUUGGAUACUUUUAUUCGCAUUUAUUUUCGAAAUUUUAAAAUGUUGUCAUUGUUGUGGAAAAGCACCGGGUGAAAUCGAAGAAUUAAGGAAGACUAAAACACUUGUAAAAAUGAGAGAAUCUUCUGCAAUUUAG